AACUCAAACCCAAACCAAACUCACAGUUCACUCACAUCACAUGAAAACAAUUCACAAAAUUACAAUUAACGCUGGUUUUUUUACAAAUUAACUGAUAUGAAAAUGAUUAAAGUGCUGCCACAAACCAGGAACGACUAUCAAGGGAUUUAAUAGAUAAAGAGAGAUCGUUCCAAAGACGGCAAGCAGUUACAACAAACGCCCUGUCGUAAACUGUGGUCAUAUGGAAACAUCAUCAUCUUCAAGGUCUCCAAGAUUAAUACACCUUAUUGAUUCCAAACUAAUUUUGCUUGAAAAUCCGAUUCAAAGCAAUGGAAGAUCCAGCCUACAUCCAAAGUCUGUUUGACAUUAAUUCAAACUACUCCUGCUACUUUUGUGUUGGAGAUCCACGAGAAGGCCUAGUUGAGCGCAUUGGUGUUGUGCCUCCUAUGUUGAUGGCCCACAGUCUGAUGUUCCGGCGCACCCUUGAUAUACAGAGAUCUGAAGUAAAAAAAAAAUGGGAUAUUACUGUAACCGAUAUUACUCCGAAAGCCUUCAGAAAUGUGCUCAGGAUGAUUUUUUCAAAGACUUUAGAAAGUGAAGACAGCAAGAGCAAGUUGAUUGGACGAUACGCAUAUGGUUACAACAUUGUCAAGAAUCAGUCACUACCUCAUUCAGUGGAGCUCCUUGCCUUGACGGACCGCUGGGUGAUGAAGGCCAUGAGUAAUGACCUGGCCAACCACAUCUCCUCCCUCCUCACACCAAUCAACGUCUGCCUGGCGAUGACAGACCCAGUCUGCCUCAGAGUCAAGCGGGUUGAGGAUGAAAUUGCAAGGUUGAUCAAAAACAACCCAAUGAGGGUGCUCAACAGCCCGUAUAUACACCGGGUGUGUCCAGCGGGUAUGAGGUAUAUUGUUCUACUCAAGUCUCUGAAGGCCUCGGACAUAGAUGUGUGGCGAACUGUCAUGACAUGGGCACGGAGCAAAGUUCAGAAGCAAAAAUUUGUUCUGGCCCAUUCAUAUCAACCAGAAAAAUAUAUUCAUCCCAAACUCUUAGUCCCUUGUGGGAAGUUCAUGAGGUUGUGUUCAUUGAACAUGAUUGAUCUUGUAGAGGAAGUGCUUGCAAAUCACCCAGAUAGAGAACAGAACAUUGAAGCAAUCAUCAAAUACCACUACAUGAAUGCCAAGCCUUCAAAAAGCUUGUAUAUUUGUACAGAGAGCAAAAAUGCUCACCAUUUGAAGCAUGAAAAGUUCCUAGUGAAAGUUGUGCCUAUUUGUGACGCCUGGGUUGAUGCGGUCUAUUUGUUGAGUUCUACUAUUACCGUAACCAAUCAAUUGAGUAGUCCUAUUGAGCUGUUCUCCAUUGUAUGCAGUGGUAAACAGAAACUCGCUCUUGAUUUCAAGGAGGCACAAGAGCUCUUGUCUUCCUCAAACCCUGUCUUACAGUCUAAUCACAAUGAUAUCAGUUACAACGCCAGUUGUUCUGUAAAAGUAAAUUGGACUGGAAAGGAGGAAUCCCCAGUGUAUGAGGUUAAGUUAGAUACUGAUGUUGCCUAUGGUCAUGACUUUCAAAUUACGUUGAGUUCAAAGGAUAAAAGCCUACGUUUACAACCUUGUGAAAGCUACACUAUUGUGACAAACUUCUCAAAGCCACACCCUCUGUGGUACAAUCUUGACAGAGACCAAAUCACCCCAGGUCAGAGUAAUGACCUUGAAAUGUGUUGUGGUUUGGUCGACAAGGAAAGGAUGUAUUUUGGUAGUCAUAUUAAAUAUAUUCUUUAUAGAAAAUGUAUUGAAGACAAACAAUGUUGAUUAUUGCAAAAGGGAGAUAUCUUCGACAACAGUAUUUAAACAAACUUUUUGGGAGUUUUUAGUUAUGAAUUUAUUUUUUUACAAUGGUCUUGAGUUGUAUAAAUAAAGAAAUAUGAAUAAAAAUUGCAUUUAUAUAA